AAAAAAUUGCCAAGUUGAGGCACCCUGGGCCUUGUAAAGCUGCAGGGCUGUGAACGGCACUCUGUUGCUGGCAGGCAGGGUGACCUGAGAUGGCCGUCCCCGGGUUACAGAGGUUCUGGUAAUUCUGAAUGGGUGGGGAACUGGAAAGGAGAAGUUAGUCUUACUGAAGCAAAGCCCCCGGGAGCAGGGCUUGCUCCUGAAUCUCAUUUUUCACAUGUCUCCUGCACUCUCACUACUAGCCCCGUAAGAGGAAAGGAGGUGCUUCCUGUUAUUCUGAUUCAAAUCUCAAGCUGGUGACAGGACAGAAGCAGACUGCCUAUGCCUCAGAGUGGCAGGCUGUACAAGAUGGAUGGCCAUGCUCUGCUCUUGAGACUACUUCUGCUGAUUUCCACAGUGGCUAUUACAAUUCAUGGUUAUUCUGGGACAACAGUACCUCCCCAAAAUGGUACCUUCUCUUUCAAAAGUCUAAAUCUUACACUUCAGGAAAUUAAAGAUUUGAUAUACCAAUACCGUACCAGUCAGUGUUGGGAUUUGUUUACUGAGCAGAUGGCCAAUAUCAGCAAAACAUAUUGGUGUGAUUGGAAGACUAUUCGCAGGCCAUAUAGUCACCUGAGAAAAUGCCUCGAAAAUGAAGCUGAUAAACUGGACCUUAACUACCCCAAUUCCAUGGCUGAGGAAUACAUCAUCAUCAGCCACCAUAACUACUUCUUCAAUUGUACCUUGCAGAGUCAACCUCUCCAGGACCCUCCUGAAAAUAUUUUGCUGGCUCUCAUCAUGACCCCCAUCUGCAUUAUUCCUUUCUUGGUUGCUCUUGUUGUGUUGAAGAGCAAAGAUGGUGAGAUGCAAUUGUGAGUCCCAAUCUUUAUGAGGUGAUGUCCCAAUCUUUAUGAGGUGAUGGUCAAAGCAGUGUAUUUACAACAUUCAAUUAUGAAAUUCACCCUAAACCAGUCUAAGAACAUUAUCUAGCAUGAGCCAUUGCCCUGGAGACUAUUGAUUGAAGUGCUGUAUGAGGGCACUUUGUACUAAAAGAAAGGUCAUAGAAAGAACAAAACCAAACUCCAUCACCAAAGCAAAUGCUGAUGUACGUAUGCCUCAGUUAUAAUCUGAUUUAACAUUACUGCCUAUUUUAUUCCAAACAGAUUAUGGGAACUAUAGAUAAAUUGGGUUAUUGAAAAUUCUUAGUGAGAACUCCCUAGACUCUUUACAGAAUCAUUUAUUGUGAGACACUACGGCAGUGAAAAAUUUUAGGUUGAUAGAGAUAGGUCAAAUAUACUGUAUAUGAAUGUUUUUUCCGUUAGAAAGAAAAUGGUAAGUGCCCAUGUGCCCUUUUUUUUACAAACUGAUAUAUUUGUCUUUCCACCCAAACUCUCAUCCAACACUUACAAAUGACAGAUGGUAAUGCCCUAUAAAAUAGGGUGUUUUCACAUAGGCAAAGUGUUAGGAUAUGUCCCUUGUCUUUCUCCCUCUAUGGGCAAGCUCUGGCUAUCCCAAAUGUGGACUUCUUUUUGUAAGUAAUCUAGGCUAACUGGAGAUGAAAUGGCAUCUUCCCUCACUGUCCUCUUUUCAGUUACAAGUUUCACUUACUCUACUUACUUUGACCCAAACAUUUGCUCAAUGUGCAGAUGCAGAUGUCCAAGAUAACACCAUGGGAUUACAUAAAGCUGCAUUUCUCUCCUUCAGUAAGAUGGAAUCGAAAGAAAAUAGCAAAAAUAUAUGCUAAAUGGAUCAAGAAAACAAACCGAAAGUUUAGGGACAUUCAUAACAAAAGUUAAUUAAAUAGUGAACAAAUAGUAGAAAUGACAGCCUAGAAGAGUUCAACAUGGUCACAUUUUGGCCUAUUGUGUGAUACUCUUGUAACUAUUUUAAAAAUACAAUGCAAUUACCUUUUUCUAGUAGCAUAGUGCUAUUGAGACGAAAUAGAG